GCGGGUACAAAGAUGAACCGCUCAGUAUUCAUUCUUCCCAUUCUUUUUUCCCUUGCUAUUGCGGCCAAACGGAAUCCGACUUACAAGGCUUGCUGCCGCAUUGAGGAAGCAAAGUUGGAAAAGCAACUUGGAUACAAUGGGUACCACCCUCCCGAAUGGCUCAAACGACUCAAAUGUGACUCGGAAUGUAGCCAUCUGCAAGGUAAAAGAAAGGCUGGAUUUCCCAAGAAGAGAGUAGACAACUUUUGAAAGUUCCAAUAAAGACUUUGUUAUUGUGAUUCAUCAAAUCUUGUGUAGUAU